AUGGAACAGGAGGAUGAGGGCGAUAAAGAUGGCUAUGACGAUAGCGGUGACGAUGUUGAUAAACGUAUAUCUACAACAAUCACAGUCACAACUCCACACAUCUUUCUCUGUGCACUUUGGACACUCAUGAAAAUCAUGAUCGCCGUUUUCUUCUCUGAAGUUUUUGCAAACUUUGCAUUCGUGUUCUCCAGUACACGCUUUACAACACCACGGACAGCAAUUAUAAGAGGGGCCAAUACAGUCUCCGCCCCUUAA